GAUAGCGUCUCUCGUGUGUCAGUUGUUUGGGCCUGCCUAUGCGCGCAGACUCUGCGCAUUGAGAUGAGACUGAACAAAAAAGUGAUGUGGAGGCGCUUGUUUACAGUGUCUCCAAGCUAAUCCUUCGGUGCCUAAAAUAGGGUGACAAGAAUGAAGAGACUAGACACUGCUAUUUUAAACAGGUGACGGUAGUCUCUGGUAUAAGAUGCUAUUCCAAACUCUUUCCUAUAAAGAGUCAUGUGGUGGCAACAGUUGCAGCAAUUUGUGCAGCUAAAUUUGCCUGACGACUCCUGUUGGCACCAAUGGACACCAGCAGUAGAAGUAUGCAAACAAAGGCAGAGUCCCUGUCCUGUGUUGUGGACAAGACUGCUGAUUCCAAAGCACAGGCAACAGAAGCAGACAAGCUUUCAGAGGCAGCUGAUGGUGCAACCUCCGAACAGCAGGCACCAGGCAAAAUAAAAAAGACUGCAUUCAGGUUCUUUGGAGGGAGAAAGAGCAUCUGUACAUUGCCUAGCUUCUUUGGAGUCAAGCACAAAGGACACACAAAAAGCUCAUCCAAAAAGGGAAUUGGUAAAAGCAAAACCCAUGAUUGUAUCAGUGAUGUAAACUGGGAAGAUGUUGGGAGAGCUGGUGAAUUACCUGUGGCAGAUUUUGAAUACCACAGCCAGAAGCAUGGUGCUGCUGAUAUGCUGACAUGCUCCCAGAGUGUACACUCUAUUAAUAGCAAUAAGAAAUCAGAUGCUCUGUUGUGCUCAAACUCUGAGUUCUCUGAACAGAAAUUGAGCUCUGAAAAGUCUCUUCCUCGACCAAAGAAGGGCCUAAAGAGCUUGUUUAGCAUCAGACGCAACAAGAAGAACAAGGAAAAAAGUGAACCAUCUGAAUUUUCACCUCGACUUUCAGUCAAAGCUGCAUCUACUGACCAUGUGAAAGCCCAGACUGAGUCCCCAGACAGUUUGCCUGAAAGUUUGCUCAGUAUUGCACUUAUUGGCCAAGACAAGGUGGUGGACAAGCCUGAGUGUACAGAGGAUGUAAAUGUUAAAGAGAACAGCACUCUGGAUGUAGGGUCAAACAUGAAAGACCCAUACUGCCAUAACAGUGAUAUUUUUAAAGAUGUUGACUUGCAAGAGAUGAUACUAGAAGUUAAAGUCGAUGUUGAUGGAGGUAUUUUGUGUGUGAAAUCUGAAAUGGCACAUUUGUCUGAAGUGUGCCAAGACUACACCGAUCAUGAUCCCUCCUCUGUUCGUUCUUCUGACCAAAUCAGUCUUAUGUUUGGAGAUGUGUCUUCUCUGAAGAGUUUCGACUCUUUGACUGGGUGUGGGGACAUUGUUGCAGACCAAGAUGAUGAAAGUAUGGCUGAAAGUACGGUAUCCGCUGAAAGAGGUCGCAAUGCUGGCAAGAGGAGCUCAUGUUACAUCACAUACCAGGGGGGUGGUGAAGAGAUGGCUUCUCCAGAUGAAGUUGAUGAGUAUCUGCAGGGUCUAUGGGAUGGUGAGGCAGCUGCAGAUGUUUGCUACACUCCAGGAGAACAUCAGCAUGUGUUGGAGGAUAUUGAGAUGCAUAGCUCACUAGGUGAAGCUGGUAUUUCUAGCCCCCAUAUUUGCUACCCUGAAAUUGCCAAAAGUGCUGCUGAUGGUUGUACUGUUAGAGAUCUACUUACUCCUCAAAGUGAUCAAUUAGAAUCUGCUCCCAACAGUGAUGAAGGCUACUAUGAUUCCACCACUCCAGGACCUGAUGAUGAAAGCAUGAGCCGCAUCAGGAAAGAACGACUUCCAAGGGACAGCUACAGCGGCGAUGCUCUGUAUGAGCUCUAUGAACCUGAUGACAGCUUGAUGAGCCCACCACUUGAGGAUGAGCCUUCUUUUGACACACAGCCCCCUUCUCCAGACUCUUUUGAAUUUUUAGGUGUUUCUUUGGGUCUGGGAAAUAAAAUUUUAGAAUCCAGUGCUCCAGAUAAAAUGUGUCAAAUAGAAACUGAAGAGGCCAGGCUAGUUGUUAUUCAGAAAGAGCUUAUGGCCUGGGGAGUAAGACGGAUGAAAAAGUCGGUAAAAGAGCAAGCUUGCUUGAGCAAAGAGAGAAUCUACCCUGACAGAACUAGCACUGAAUGUAAGCCAAAAUCUGGCAAAAAACAUCAAGGUUGCCUUGAAAAUGAGCAGUUACAACUGCAGUCUGUUAAAGCAGGUAGGGCAGGUGCUCAUGAAAAAUUAAGACCGGGAAGCCAGAGUCACAGUGGAAAUUACACCACAGUGAAAGCACCUAGUGGUGAUCUGGACCCCUCCAAUGGCACCCCCACUAGUCACCAAAUGAAAGAAUUACCCUUACAGGCUAGGAAUUGCAAACUCCAUAAGAUCGAAAGAAAAGGGAAAGAUGCAGCCACCGAACAAAUAAAGAACAAUGUAGACCUUGAAUGUGACCAAGCUGUAUCUUUCUCCCAGGCCUUAGUGGACUUCACAAACAACACUAAAUUGUUUAGUGACUUUUCAAAGGGUCUAGGUAGUUCAGAUUCAGGGUCUUCCUUUGCCCAUAACAUACAGGUACUGCCGACCAUGGUGACAUUUGAUGUGGUCGACAUGGAGAAUGAAGAAGAAUGUGACCAGCAGAUUGAAAUGGUCCCAGAUGAGGACAUGGAAUCUCCCUUUGAACCCUUUGAUGACAGCUACCUACAGAAAGAUGCUAUUGCAGAAUGUGACGAGAGGAUGUUUGACAUGUAUGAUCAAAUAUCUUUCCUAAGUGGACCCUGGGGGGUAGCCAGCCUUCCACGCCAGAUUAGCUUUAGUAAAGAAGUGUCUGCAAAGCCUUUACCAUUGUCCUUGAACAGGAGAAGCAGGUCGCUCGACAUUGAGAGCUUAGAGUGUGAAAUUUCUGAUUCAUACCUGUUAAAAUGUGCACCAGAUGUAAGGAGCAGUUCUCAGGUUCCUCGACGGGAGUUGUAUACUAGAAAGGUCUCAUCCACUGAAUGCAAAAGGAAUGUUCACUCCAGUCUAGAGGCUGUUGAUCUGCCCAGUGAGCCAUGGCAAAAAGAAAUCAACUACAGUGUUAUCCAUCCCAAAGUGGAUAGUAAGAAAGUGCAGGGCAGUCAGGGGACUGUGGAGGAGAAGAUGUGGUCCCCUGGCAAGCCUACUGAUGGUCUUGACCAGCAGUGUGGAGAGUGCACAUCUAGUUGGGAUGUACCAGUGCAUGACUCCUCCCAAAAGUUUUGCUGCAGUGGUUCAAGUAAGUCUGUCUCAAGGCCAUCACAGUUGUCCCUUCGUCUGGGAGAUGAUCAAAUUCACAAGCCAGUGAGUAAUAUAUCAGAAUCUUGUAGAGAGAACCCAUACAAACAGUUUGUUCUUGCUUCUCCUUUGGAAGAAAGGAGUGAGAAUGUUUUCACCCAGAACUCUGCUCUUCAGUACGUUGGCUCAUCUCGUCAGCCAAGUAAAUGCAAACCUGUAGGGAUCACCCAAGGAAUGCCACAUUGUCGCCAAGAUGAAGCACCAACAUCGGAGCUGUUUGAAGCCUCAAGCAAAGGCCAAAGUGAACUUGUGCAGACUGGCUGGGGCAAGUGUACACUACUAGAUUUGUAGCCUUUAUGAAAUGGCAAAAAAUGCCUUCUAGUCAUAUCAGAUUUGUAUUUGUCCAGGAGCUUCAUCUCGCUUGCCACCAAAGACCUUCACAAUGUUUGAAAAGAGGGUUUUGGGACUAAAGAGCCAGUGAUUGUAAAAUAGAUUUAAACAAAUCAUUUUUGAUAAUGAUUGUAUACAAAAAGGAAAGUCUUUUUUUUUUUUUUUUUGUUUUUAGAUGUACAAUUUCAUAAUGUUUCUUAUUGUGUAUUUUUUUUUUUUACUCUUGUGCAGUUUGAUGGUUUUAAUUUUAUAGGCCUUUGAUAACUAGACCUUCUGUAAAAGUGCAAUCUUACAGUGCAACUCUUUAAAUGCCAGCAUAAGCUAAAUUACGGUAAACGGACAACUAGUGUUGUCCACCAUAUCCAUGAGAGCUGCUGUGUUACAAUUUAAGGUUCUUUUGUUUAUCCUUAAUUAAUGUUUUGCUUUCCUCUUAACAGCUCAUUUGACCUAAUGGGUAUUUUUCCUGAGAAUAUUUAAGCCAUCUUGUAAUUUGGAAUGGGGGUGGGAUUUAAAAAAAACAGCAACCUUUAAGUAGAUGCUUGCCCCUCUAUCUUAAAAGUAAUUCCUUAUCUAAUUUGUCCAGAUUUCCCUGAAAAAGAGUUCGAUUUUUCCUUGUUGUUUCCUUUCCGUCUUUUUGGCGCUAUGUAAUGGAAACCCAUCACAAGUUUUAUCUGUUAUAACUGAUGUUUGCUUGAAAAGUGAAGGUCUGCUUACCAAAUAAGUUCAUUUUUACACUUUUUAUGUUCAUGUGACUUUUUUUUAAAUCUGGUGCUGUUUACAAAUUUUUAAGCAGAUGUUCUUAUCUGUGUUGUACAAAUUAUUUAAUUGAACACUAUACUAAUUGUUCUUCUGAAUGCUUUUAUUAUGUGCUGGGCAUAAUAGGGUGGAGAGCAGUGUUGCCAGAUGUGCAAUAAGGUUGGUUUUUAUAUAAUUUUGCCCUCUGGAUGUCUUUCUAUUAAUAGCACUGACAUGUUUUGUAGAAGAAUUUUGCCAUGCCCAUUAAUGAACACAGCAGAGUCAUGCAAUUCGUAGGGGUAAACAAACCUUGCCCUUGUUUUACAGUGACCUAGUCACACCCAUGUUCUCACACCCCACAAGACAACAUGAUAAUUUGACAACGGGUGCUCUAUAUUUUUGAAUGGCACUUUUUGGUUUUAAAAUACAGUUUUACUCAUUUUAAAACUUCUAUUUGAUACAUUUCUCACUGAUAGGGUGAUUGUAGAGAUUUUUAUUCAUUUAAGGGACUUCAAUGACUUAUGUUUUUGUGAGCUUUUUUUUUUUUAAAUGUACCUCAUUAUGUGUAAGAUGUUUGUUCUUUUUUUUUUAAUUGAUCCAUUUAUGUAAAAAAAAAAAAAAAGACAAUGCUUUGAUUGUUUUACAUAACAUUUAGAAAUCAUGCACUAUUUCCAAGAAAUCGAAAGAAACAUUUCUAUUUUCUGAAAAACAGUGGGGGCUGUUAGCUUUUUAAAACUAAAAACAAUCUCAUGAUUUUUUUAUUGAAAUUGAUUAUGUAACAAGAGUAUUUUAUGAGGAAACAUGCUUUCCUUCCUUAGGCUGAAAGUUCUUAUUUGUUUCAUUUGAAUACUUCCAUGUGUGUCUUCACUGCAUUUCCCCCCUUCCACAUCUCAUUAAGUGGUCAUUGCUCUUCUACUUGCUCCCUAACACAGGUUGUCCAAGCUCUCUGUUUAAGGUUUUGUGUCUCUUUGUAAAAGCAGAAAUUAAAUGGCUAAGGCAGAUUUUUUUUUUUUAAACCUGCCUCAGUUUUUAGGGUUUGGGAAAGUCUUGUAGGCACACACUUUGAUAAGCCCUCUUGCAUUACAUUUACCUGUGUAAGAAUUUUUGAAAACAAGAAUUUCAACACACCUCAUUGUUGUAAAAUGCAUGUCCCUACUUCAAUCAAUUAUAUGUUAGGUGAAAUAUGAUUCUUAACUGGUUUGUUUUUUUUCCCCUUCUAUUUUAAUUCCAAUGGUUUGUUUUUCUAUGCCUUUUUAGAAUCCCUUUAAUGCUGAGCCUUGAAGUUUUAAGUUGUCUGUAGGUUUUAAUUCCAGCCACGUUCUUUAAUUAGUGACCAGUUAUUGCUGCAAAUAGAACUUUCUUUUGUGUUGAAUCUUUUUUAAGACACAGAAGGCAAACAAAAAAAGAUUCCAGGUGAGCUCCAGACAACUGGAUAACUUGAUUCAAUUACAAUAUGUGUUUCAAUAAAAUAUGUGAAAAGAACAAAGUGAAAAUCUUAAAUAUGAAUGAUGCUCUCAGAUAAAAAGUACAAAAUCAAACUUCAAAAGUGUCUGGUGUGGCAGGAGAGCAAUAAAUAAGUUAUUGAAUUAAAUUAACAUGUUUCAUUAACAGGAAAAACUUACUUUGAGUAAUUGGUAGCAGCUAAAAUGGAGGCCUUUUAAAAGCUGAACUUGAAACCCAUGGUUAACUAUUCAUCUAUUAACAACCAGUUAAGGAUUUUGAAUCUUAAAAUAUAAGUCACUUAUGCUUAAAGAUGCUUGCCUAAUUUGCAGCAGGAAUAAUUUAACAUCUAAAAGUGGCAGGAAUGAAAUCCUGCAGCCACUAUGGCUCUCCAGGAUCUGAGCUGCCUUCAGUGUGACCAGAAAAGGCAAUUUGUUUUAAGAGAGCUGUAUUAUGUAUUAAAGGUAAAAAUCCCCUCCUUCCCCUGUCUUUACCCUUUUUUUUUUUACUUUCCCUGCCCUUGAGAGCUUCUAUUUUUUGUUUGGAAAGCUCCACUGGGUUUAUGUUAGCGUGAACUGUCUUUUAACCUCCAGCCAGUUCAUCAUUUGGUUAGAGGGAGAAUUAGGCACAAAGACCACAGAUCACUGGCUCUCAAGUUCAGUCUUGGGAAAACACUCCAUACCCAGCAAUGGCAGCAUUUUCUGGUUUUAGUUGGACUCAUACUUUAAGCAAUUGGACUUGUACUUAUUUAAGCAAUCUGAUUAUUUUUGGUUACUGUGUUUUCUUAAUCCAGACAUUUCAAAACUGGGUUUAAUUUUUUUGUGAAUGUAGCAAGUACUUUUUUAUAUAUAUAUACAGUGGUGUGAAAAACUAUUU